AUGCCUCUAGUCAGUCUUGCAGAUCUUGCGCACGCCGGUCGAGAUGCCUAUUCACGUUUUCAAGACGACGAAGACGUUGAGACGCUCAGCCAGGCAAUUGGAUUUCUCAGAAUCGUCAACAAUCACACUCAAUUGCCAUUUGUACUUGCUGAUCUGGGCCUGUAUUUGCAUGACAGGUAUGGACUAGCUGGGAAUUCAUCUGAUCUUGAUGAGGCUAUUCGCUUUGAGAGUGAAUCUUUGGCCCGUAUCGACCCAGACCACUCCAGUCGUCCUCGGAUUCUCAACAACCUGGGCCAGUUUUAUAGCUCAAGGUUCGAGUUGACCUCAACUCCAGGUGAUCUGCGGCAGGCCAUAGCUCAGACUCACCUUGCUGUGACGGAAGCAAUCAAGCAUGACGACGAGAAGGCCCCUGUGUACCUAGACUAUCUUCUGGAACUUGCUGCCACGCAGACAAGCUAUGAUGGCACUGGUAGUGAUUCCACUGAAACAAUCGACAGGAUCGAGGAACUCCUAGAAACUGGAGGAAACAUAACAAAGGCCAGACACUACGAUCUCGUUGCAAAUAUUUACUAUAUGAAGUCCGAAAUCACAUCUCAACUACCGGAAUUACGCAAGGCUAUCUUACACGCUGAUAGCGCCCUGAACGCAACUGGGGAUGACACAGCGUACCGGGCAAUCAGGUUGACAAACCUUGCUAACUAUCAACUUACACUGUACGAGAGAGGCUUUGAGGGAAAUAUUCUACGAGAUGCCAUCCGCAAUAUCAGAGAGGCGGUCGAACUCGCUUGUGGUGGCACAGACACUGCCUUGGUCGAAAAGAUGGCACUUGCAAGCGCACUUCAUCACAAUUACGAUUGGAGCAGGCACAAGGCCGAUCUCAGCGAGGCAAUUGAGAUAGGUCUACAAGUCGUCAAUACAACUGAACCUGAAGAUUCAGACUGGGUAGACAGAAUGCAAAACCUUGCAAUCUUUGUGAGAACGGAGUUCAAGUCUGACGGUAUCACCGAUCAUCUGACUGAUGCCAUCGACUUACUUCAGCAAGCAGUGAAUAAUGGAAGCCUUCCGAUUGAAACUCGACGCGGUUCUGCGACGAUACUACUGGACUUACUCGCCGACAAAUACCACUCUACCAGAUCAGACCAAGACUUUGCCCUUGCACUAAAUGCUUAUAACACUGCAAUGCUUCCAGAGUCUGAGGAAACUGCUGCGCCUUGGGUGACCUGGAAGAGACAAUCGCGUGUAACGGGAACAAUCUCUACACUCUUCAGGAGGAGGUUUGAGUUUUCAAAGGAUCCCCAGGAUAUUGAAACGUCUGUUAUUCUAGCACGGGGACUCCUCUCGAUUGCGGAUUCUUUGGAAGACGAUGGCUGCGCCAGUGCCUUAGCACUCGCCCUAUGGACCGACUUCCGAGCCCGAGGCGGGAUUGAGAAGCUUGAUGAAGCCGUCGACUUAGCAACGAGGAUUGCGCGAGACCGGUCGCCCGGAGGGGCGGAUUACAUUGGCGGGCUAUCAAACUUGAGCAGUAUCUGUCAAACGAGAUACGAUGCCACAGGUAAUGAGGCGGAUCUACAGACGUGUCUUGACUCAGCCCUCGAGGCAUUGAGUGCCAUGACGCCAAAUGCAAACGUAACCCUUCGAAUUGCAUCGUUGCUGUCGGCAAGUUCAGCAUUUAUAUCUAAGGCAGAGAGAUUUGGAGAUUUGGAGAAUGUACAGCUCGCUGUCCGAUACGCGUCAGACGCGAUGGCCUUGGCUGAUGAUAGAAUGUUGGACGUGGAUGUCUCGGCGUCGUUAGACUUGACAUUUUCUCAGGCUCUUGUCCUCCGCUACCAUCACCUACAAGCUCUCGAAGAUCUUGCCCAGGCCGUGGAGACCCUCAAGCAUGCCAGAGCCACAGCUUCGGAGAACUUUCUAUUUCCAACUGUGCUAAAUAAUCUAGGCGAGACUCUGAGACUCCAAUUUUUACGAACGCGGAAUUCAGGUUGUCUCAUAGAUGCUAUCGAUGCUUUGGAGGAGGCUAUCUUCACGGCAUCAGCCAGGGACCCAGCAAAGGCAAUGUAUCUAGGCAACCUUUCACUGAGUCUCUAUGAUCUGUUCAAGGUCACCAAGGAAACCGAGACAUUGUAUAGCGCUAUAGAGUCUAGUGAGAACGCUAUCCAAGAGACAGAGAUAGGAGACACCCAGCUUCCCGAGAGGCUCAAUGUUAACGGCUGCUUGUACGCCGCUAGGUUUGAGCUUAGCAACGAGGAUUCAGACAUGACCAAAGCGAUCAACCAAACACAGGCUGCCGUAGACGCAUCGCCAGCGGAUAAUCCUCAGUGUGCAAAGUAUCACAACAACUUAGGGGGGUACUACAUGAAGCGCAGCUUGGCGCGAGAGGCUGAAGACAAAGGGUCCUCUGGAAGGUCACGGGAAGACAUGCAAGCCUCAUAUCAAGCCUACAAGCACCUGCUUUAUAUGUCUGGCGCCACUCCACUGGAGAGGGUCCUUGCAGGCUACAGUGCCUCGUCAAUAGCUUUCAACGACGGCGAUUUGAAAGGCGCGCAGGACAUGGUGCAGAAGGCAGUCGAGAUGCUUCCUAAGAUAAGCCCCCUCGCACUUGACCGCUCAGACCAGGAACACGCUCUAGGUGGUAUAUCUGGACUUUCAUCUUAUGCUACAUCUAUUGCGUUAGCAGCUGGUUCCGAUGCCUCUCAGGCACUCCAGCUGCAAGAAGCUGGACGUGGAGUAAUCACUGGUCUUACCAUCUCGGCUCGUAACGACAUCAGCGACCUUGAAGCUCAAGCUCCUGACAUUGCGGCUGAAUACAAGAGUUGCAGAGAUUCACUUUCUUCACAAACCCAAGUGGCAUCCCUAAUUAAACGCAGUGCGAGUUCUACGGGGCCUCAAGCAAUAGAUAGAUAUGAGCUAAACAAAAGGCUCGACGCGCUUGAAGAAAGGAUCCGAAGAGAAGUCCCAGGCUUUACCAACUUCCAGCGACCUCCAUCGACUGAAGACUUGAAGAAAUUGGCACUUAAAGGGCCUGUUGUAUCCUUCAACGUCAGCCACAUCAGAAGUGAUGCAUUUAUAAUCACUCAAACAGAUAUCAUGUCUAUUCCCCUCCCUCAACUGAAGGAGGAAGAUCUCACAAACAAUGCAAAGCUAUUUUUGGAGGAACCGGUGAUUACAAAAGGUGGCCUAAGGACAAUGAAUACGAGAAACACAUCACUAUUGCGUGUUUUGAAAUGGUUAUGGGAUGUGGCCGUACAUCCCGUCUUAGAAGCACUGGGAAUCCAUCAGUCGCCAGCAGAUAAGACGCUGCCCCGAAUCUGGUGGACUGCGAGUGGUCUGAUGGCGCUUAUGCCUAUCCACGCCGCUGGGGAUCACACUUCAGAAGGCGCGCCGAACAUCUUCGAUUUCGUCAUCCCGUCCUAUACUACGACUCUAAGGGCUCUCGCAUAUGCUCGCGAGACGGAUUGGGCCUCUUUACGGGCAGCUGAUUGCGAGUUCGCGUUCAUCGCCUCGCCGAACAAUGCAAGAGAAAAUUCACCUUUGACCGUGGAAGAAUCUGCUCGCGAGCUCGAUGAUGCUGUACGGAAGCAUUGUAGAACGAAGUUGCUUGUGGGACCCACAAAGCCCGACACCAUUGGAAUUCUCGAAUCGUGCAACGCGGUGUACUUUGGUUGCCACGGUGAAUCGAUGUCAACCCAGCCUUGCAGAAGUUUUCUUCAACUAGGCGCCGAUGAUACGUCAUAUUUGACCAUUGAAGAGAUUCAAGGCUUGCGACAUAAGAAGGCCCAGCUUGCGUACCUCUCUGCAUGCUCAACUGCAAACGUGUCAGCUAGGCAUCUCGUUGAUGAAGUGGUCCAUAUCGCUGGGGCAUUUUCGUUGCUGGGUUUUCGGCAGGUCGUUGGUACGUUUUGGCAGGCUAAGAAUACACCGGCAAGAUCGGUAGCUAGGCGCUUCUAUGAGGAGCUGAUGGCUUGUGAUGAUGAGAAUGAGGAUUGUAUUGCAAGGGCUUAUUAUACUGCGGUUAUGGAGCUAAGGAAGAGUAAUGUUCGGGAUCCGCUGGUGUGGGCUACUUUCGUUCACUUUGGGGCGUGA